AGUGUGCAAAUGAAGUGGCAGCAGGAGACCAUCUGAUACCCUUUCUUGGAAGAAGCAAUAACUCAUGAUACACAUCCCACACCCGUCAGAUGAAGAGUCUGAAAUUCCCAGCGCUGCUGCUGCUGUUGUGCAGUUCCUAACUCCGUGGGAUGUUAAUCUAUCUCACUGCUAGCUUGAGUCUGACCCAAUUUUUGUUCUAUUUUCCCUUUUCAGAUUCUGAUUACAGCCGUCUUUUCAGCUUUCUACAAUUAAAAUACUGGCAUUAGAAAAGCAGAACUUGGUGGGCAGAUUUGGUGCUGGCUUCCCUUUUGUAGCAGAGUAGAAGAGCAAAGAAAGUUUUCUACAUUUUAUUCCAUUUGCAUCUGGUAGCGGCUGCGCGAGUACAAGCAUAGGAGGUUUGACCUUGGUACCUUUUACAGUCCAGUCUUUCACCUUCUGAUUUGUUUUUCAGUGUAUGCAAUGAAAGACUCUGCAGUUGAGCUAUAACUUGAUAUUGCGCUGCCACAUGAUAGCCGUCUCCUCAAAGGUGCUGAGCCCCCCCCGUUCUGGAUGUCCCCCGAGUUAGCUGAAGGAGAACAGCCUGUGGUCUUCUGUAUUAUCCAGUAGUUUUUAAAGGGACAUCAGGUAGAUUGAAUGUGGUCCUUCAAAGGGGCCAGCAGCAAGUGGAUGAGCUCCUGCUAUAAAAAUCAUCCUGAGGACUUCUCAAACUCUCCACCCCCGCUUUUCCAAACGUUCUCCUUGCCACAGUAAGCACUGGCUUUUCUCACCCCCACCCCUGGUUACUAGGAUGCCUAAAAUGCAGUGUCCCUCCUCUGACUAAAUUCCUUCAUCGUCUUUGCAUUUUCUUGGACUGCUGGACCAGAAGGCGAUAAGAGCAGAACUAAAGGGAUGCCAUUCAGCUACGGGAACUACCUGUCAAUAGAUUCAGAAUGUAUUUUGUAUGUUAGACUAAAAUUCAGGUGUCCCAUUAAUGUCAGUGACAAAACAAAAAUUGUUUAUUUUACUGGGAGCAAGACCAUACCAUGAAUCAGCUAGAGCCUUACAGCAAUGCUGUUUGAAAUGAAACAGAGAGUAGAGCUCCUACGUUUGCUGUGCAGAAUCCCACACUGGCCCUUUGAGGCUGAUAUCCCUCUUUUGACCUUGAGCACUCUCUGAAGCAGCAUCUUUCACCUGCAAAUGUUAGUAUCGUAAUUUCUGUACAGGAGCACACAGAAGUCCCUUCUUCAUCAAGGCAGUGGCUGGUUUGUGCCCUGAAGCAUGAGACUUGAUUGCUGUCUCUUAACACUUGUAAGCACUGGUAAGCACAAAAGCUAAUGGUCACACUUGCAGAAUAAACUAAUUAAGGGCAAAACGCUGAAGUCCGUCAGUUUCUACUCAGACUUGCGUUCAGUGAGAGUUGCACCUUGAGCAAGGACUAAGUAAAACCAGUGCCUGCUCCACGCAUUAGACUCUUAGGUCACUUGCGCUAGCCCAGGAAAGUGCCAGCCAAAGGACUUUGGUGCCAGUGAAACUCCAAGCUAGCACGGCUGCAUCAUUAAAACAAUUGCAAGUUCCGCUCGCAAGCGCGGCUGAAAAUACAUUACCUGUAGAGCAGGCCACACUUAAAGAGCUUCAGAACUUCUGAGCUAGCAAUGAGGAUAAUGCCAGAGAAAAACAGCACGAUGCAAAAAAUUAACUGUGCAGUCAAAGGCUGAGAAUUGUGAAAUUAGGUAGGUAAGUUACAAUAUACCAUCAAAUGCAUUUCUGUUAGAGGAGAAGACAUCUGCUGGUGAUUACUGCAGUGUCCCUGUUGCCAGAGUGAAGGUGACCACAGACUGAUAUUCGCCCACUUUGAGAGGAACAAGCUUGACACGGUUCUGGUUCUGAUACACACCAGGAAUCAACAGUAAAAAGACUCCAUGCUCUAGAGGUGAAAAUUGUAUCAAAUCCUUGGAAUAGGCAGAAGGAAAUUUUCCCUCCUUGCUGUUUAAGGGAUUUUUUUGUUUUGUAGGUAAGUCUUCAGCUGAUGCUUUUGGUCUUGUUUCUAUUUGUUUAAAAGUGCGUUAGCAGUAAAUCAAGGUGCAUUUCCCCUGUAGGGUUUCCUGUAUGUCAAAGCCAUGUUAAUUCUCUUUGAUUUUCUUCCCUUAGCCUCAGCCAUUGCUGCAGAUCCUUCCUCUCUUUGUCCCUUUGGACAUCAAAGGAUUGUGAGGGGACAGCCCUAGAGAGAGGCUCCUCCCUGCUCAUUAGCCUCCAUAAAACAGGACCUCACCUUGGCUAGCUGUGCUUGGAGUCCCAUCCUCAUCCCACGCACUCUUGACACUGGAUCUCAGAAAGAAAGGCUUUUGCUUGCUUCGGGAACUCAGACCUGCUUUUGAACUGGACUAUUUUGGCUCCCCUUGUGAGGAUUCUGGUGGCUCUCGCAGCUGUGCAACUUCCUAGACUUCACAGUACAUGGAACAAUGCAAGCUUUGCCAGACGUGAAAGUGCCGUGUGAUGCACUUCCUUCCCCCAGCCUGGAGCCCUACCCGCAGAGCUCCAUCGUGGUCACCCUCGAGGACAUGGGUCUCUGGAUGAAGUUUCAUCAGAUAGGAACUGAGAUGAUCAUCACCAAAUCCGGCAGACGAAUGUUUCCACAAUGCAAAAUCAAAGUCUCUGGCUUAAUCCCAUAUGCCAAGUAUCUCAUGCUGGUAGAUUUUGUGCCAAUGGACAACUUCAGGUACAAGUGGAAUAAAGAUCAAUGGGAAGUUGCUGGAAAAGCAGAGCCCCAGCUCCCUUGUCGCACCUACGUCCACCCAGAUUCCCCAGCUCCUGGCAGCCAUUGGAUGAAAGAACCUGUCUCCUUCCAAAAGCUGAAGCUCACCAACAACACUCUGGACCAACAUGGGCAUAUCAUCCUCCACUCCAUGCACCGUUACAAGCCUCGCUUCCACAUUGUGCAGGCAGAUGACCUCUUCAGCGUCCGCUGGAGCAUCUUCCAAGUCUUCAGCUUCCCGGAGACUGUCUUCACGUCUGUCACUGCUUACCAGAACGAGAAGAUCACAAAACUGAAGAUUGACAACAAUCCAUUUGCUAAAGGCUUCCGGGAGCAUGGAAAGAACACCCGAAGGGAAGGACGAGCCAAGUGCCAGAAACCCAGUCCAGCCAAAAGCCAGAAGAGGAAGCUGCCUGAGGAAAAGGAGUCCGGUGCUGAGGAACGUGGUGAUAUUGACUUUGGGAAAGAUGAGAAUGUGGAUGUCAAGGAAGAGAGUAACCCCGUCGUGGUCAGCAGCGGAUACCCCUUCUGGGUGGCGGAGCAGAGCGGCAGCCAUGCCUUUCCCGCAGCAUCGCCCGCGCCGGCCGACCAGCGGGAGGGUCCGGCCAGAGAGCAGCAGGUGCCUACGCCGUCCUACCAGGCAUACCGCUUCCACGAAGCCGGGGACGGCCAGCAGCUGCCCGCCCGUGACGCUGCUGCGCUGAAUGACUUCCGGACAAGGUGCCAUCCCUUGGAUCUUGCCACAGUGCCUGAGCACGACUCCAAACAGCCCUCGGAGGGCUUCACCAACCUGCCUCCGCUCCCCCCGCCUCUGCCGCCUCCCCAGGACUAUGCCGGCGUGGUAAACAUGGCUAUAGACUCUGUCGGGAAAGCUGGGGCCCGAGCGCCCAUGUACAGCCCAUACGGCGCCGAGCAAGGCCUCGGCCAGUGGAUGGGGGCUUCCCACAGCCAGGACCGGGCAAUGAGCUACUCUGCCUUCUCCACGGAUUAUAACGCGCAAGGGGCUUCGGGACAUGCCCACGGGACCAUGGCAGAGUGGAGCCAGUACCCACUAUUCCCAUAUGCCUGCUGGUGAACUGAGAAAACCCUUCCCAGUGAAAGGACUGAAAGAAAAUUGUAAAUGAGAUCAAAUUUGCUCCAGAGUGUUAUCUUGAAGCCUUGUCUACACUAGGUGAAGAGGCAUUGCAGCAAACGGUAGCGCGGGACACCUCCACUUCCUUGUCUCCUUGCCCAACAGCCCUCUCUGGUGUUUCACAAGCAGUGGCUGAGCUGGUGGCUGCACCAGCUACAUCAGUGCAGGCCCAGCUGAAUCAACGUGUUCUGCAGUGCUUUCUUUCCAGCGGGAGUCGGAAACCACAAGAAUUGCGAGAGCAGUAGUUAAAGAGGGGCUGAACUCUCAGUCCCAGGGUGUGUUUCCGUCUUGCAUUUGGGAGUUUCCAAAACCCUUUCUUCCUAGGAUAUGCAGGCAAGGAGAUGGGGGCUGACAGCGAGCCUUCCAGGUGGCCGUACCAACUGUUUGGACAUGAAGCUGUAGAGAAAUCAUUGUGUGGACAAGCAAAGCAAGCAAUCCCGGUGUUCCCUUGAGCAGCCUCCUCACUUAAUGUAGUCAAAGUAAAGCUAGUCUUGCCUUUCUUCCAGCGGCACGUGACAGUGAAGGAUGCAGCAGUGCGCAUGUCACGUGUUUCUGGAGCGCUGCUGUGGGUCACGCUGGCAGGGAAGAGUUGGUCCCAAGCAGGAGAGGCAGCAAGGCUCUGUGCCGUGUCUGUGUGUCCCUCAUGCCCGUCCCUCUUCU